GCGGCCGCAGCCCUCCCUCGUCAUGACGGGACGGGCAGGUGGGCCGACCAGGCUUCUCCGGACGCGCCGCGCUCCGCCCGGUCUCGGGUACCCAUGUCCUCCCGUCUCCUGGCCCCUCGUUUGCCAUAACACUGUAAUCUUGCAAAAAGAAAGUGAUUUUCUGUGUAUAAUGAGCUGAACAAACUCUGGGGAGUCAGGUGAGUGUUGAGCUUAUUGCAAGGGGAAGAGUGAGUUACAGCAGGAGGAUAGAACACAGCUGGCAUCAAGGCUGUGUCAUGCACGGUUGUCUCAUGAAAGCUCACAAGUAGUGGAGAGCUAGGAUUACAAGUCAAUUUGGAGCUACUGGUUGGGAUCUAGUGCCUUGAACUCCCUAUAAUAAACAGGAUUAAUGUGAUCCUUGGGUAUAUGAACAGAUAACAGGCCUAGGGAAGGGACUUCCACAGUAUAUAAUGGAAUUAAUUAGACUGAUGUUACUCUAUUAAGUACAGAACUAGCUUCGUAAGAAACAGGCUGCAGAAUUAAAAGGUGAGAGAUGAGGUGUAGGUAGUGAUCCUGAGCAGGAGACCAUUGCACAUCGAAGAGUUAAGGAGAUCACAUGGCAGUGAAGGUGUGCUGUGCUGUGUGCCCAGCGUGGCCCUCACACCGGUCUGUGCCCACAGGAUAGCCUCAGCCAGCCUAUGGUACCAGAGGAGCCUGCAAGGCAGCUCCCAUGUGGUACCAGCAAUCAGAAAACCUAGGCUUCUGUUUCUUGUCUCCCCCGAAUCUCCUUCAGUCAUUACUUCACCACUAAGGACUGUUCUUCCAUCAAAGAGCAAAACACAGACAUUGAUGAUGUACAUCAUGCCAUGUUUGCUCUCUUGGUAAACAGGUUUACAAAACAGGGAAGUGAGAGCUGAAGGACUAAAAGACUUUGAAACAAGGGUUAGUGAUUGCCAUUGGCAAGUCACAAGAAUAUCACUGGUGUGAUACAUCAGAGCUUUGUGCAGUAGCAAUGAUAGAAAGGAUACUUCCAAGUCCAAAAAAUACUCUGCAGCCUGGUGUUCUUGACACUGGUAAGUGACAGUGAUUUGAGUGGCUUCUGGCUGAGAAGAAGAACAUUAAGCUCAAAUGUGGCAGUGCUGGAGAGGUGUCCAGCCAGUGAGCUAAUACAUCCCAGGCAGGCCCUUCUUCUCCUUGCCUUUCUUUGAAAGAAGCAACUUUCUCCUUCCCUGCCAGUACUUGUAAAGAAAAGUUGUAGGUAUUUCUUCUCUCACAACCUGAGCAGAUAAGCUUGGCAGCUGUGGGCAUAAAGCAGCCAGCCAGGCUCUGAGCAGCGUUCUAUGUCUCCUACUGUGCUCAGCAUUUAGGGCAACUUGGAUCCUGGUGAGUCCCUUUUCCAUGCACAGGUGUUCUGCGACAGGUAUGUCAGUUCUGAGUUUCUGUGUGGGAGAUGGGCCCUUAGAAGCUAUUUCCUGUAGCUUCUAAGUUGUUGAAACUUCAGUUUUAAUUAGUGUGACUCCAAAGUAAUAGAUUCUCCCAUGCUCAGGUCUCAGUUUCCUCGAAUGGAUUGGCACCGUGUUAGAGUAAGAGCUGUUCACAGAGGAGGAAUCUGUCAACAGAAAAAAGGGGGAAGAAUGAAGUUGCCCAAGUCUUUUCACUGUCUGGGUGAUACUGUGGAUAGAAACUGGCUGUACAUUACUGCGAUGGACAGAGUUUCAUCUUAUCAGUGUAGGAUACGUGUAGAGAGGCAAGAACCAUGAGGUUUUCCAUGAGGACUACAUAAUACCCUGGAAUGCAAUGAUUCUGAUGUAAUGUGAAGCUGCUGGAGAACCUAAUCAGUUUUGUACUUGUACAUCCUUCCAAAGUGUCCAUAAUAUUUCACUUUCUUUAAGGUACAUAAAUGAUUUCCCCACUGACUUCCAUAGAACCCCAAAAGGUUUACCUCUUUAAUCAGUGUGAUAUUAAUAGAGAGUCUGUUAUCUUUAUAGGCUGCUUAUUUCCUCUGUACAUGUUUAUAAGCUGCCUCAUAAAUUGGUCAGUCAGGUCUCGACAAUCUUCAGGAACUGUAAGUGCACGUUAUUUAUGGAGAAAAACCACAGAGUAAAACUACAGUAUCUGUCUCUCACUCCUGCUUUGAUCAGCCAAUGUCUGUUUUGAGCUUUGUUCAUAGUUUUUUUUUAGUUUUUAUUUUAAACACUACCUUAUUGUUUUGAAUAUUUACAUGUCAGAGAAUACUGAUCUGAGCACAAACUGAACUUUGAUUUGUUAGAGCUCAAAUACACAAGAAGGAUCUUGCAGGGAUUAAUGCAAGCAUUUAUUCAGUUAUCUAUGGAAGGGAUGACCUUUGAAAUUUCCUUUAACUUAAUUUACUGGAAGGUAAGUUUUAUACUUCCUUGAGAGGGACAUUUUCUUCCAAAUCAUGUAAUCAUUGCCCAUCUAUUCCGGUGUUUCUGUGCCAACAAGAUAUCAGAAAAGUUAUCUCCUUCUUAGGAAAUCUAGGCUCUCCUGGCAUUUAUCUAUGUUUAUUAUGGAUGUACCUAUCAGAGUAUUAUCUUCUGUUGCUGCUGCAAACAUGUAAGUCUGCUUGUCUGGCCCUAUCUGUUCCUAAACUGUUAAAGGAUCUUAGACACUCAUCUGCCACAGAAGCAAAUGCUUAUACUGUCACCAUCUAGUGUGGGUGGGCAGUUCUAGUUGAAGGGGUUUCAAUUUAUGCAUGCUAGAUUUAGUACUUAAAUCUACAGCAAACUCCCUUCUCGUGGUUCACAUGCCUGUGUGCCAUUUCCAUAAAGUCUGUUUAAAAGAAUACUGUGUUCUAAGGGACUUCUCUGACAGUAAAGCAAAAGUUCAGCUGUCCAGAUUCUUCUGGCUCAUUCUAAGGUUACAGGAUUAUAGGGACAAGUUUUUAGGGAGAAACAAAUUGACAAGAACUAUUUCAAGUCCCUUUGAUGUAUCAUGUAUUAUUGUGAAUGGGCAAAGUUUGAAAAAAAAAAGAGUCAAUAAGCAGAAGAACAACAAACCAACCCAUUCUUCGUGAACAGUGAGGACUUAUUUGAUGUGGAACAGAACCUCAAAAGGCAGGCAGACCAACUCUGUGCAGAAGACGUUUACAGCAGUAUAUUGCUGUUUCUAUCACAAAGUCUUCUUGAACAUCUGUAAUUACCUGUCUCCCUUUCUCUGUUUUGUGAUUCCCCUCUCAGAGAGUUCUUGUCAUGUGAGAUAUCAUAACCAUGGUGGAGAGUGCCCUGCUGAAGGAUAAGUGAGGUAAUUCUCCCUUAGGAGCAUAUUGCGUCAAGUGUGUCUCAUCUUCUUUGUGCUUUCUUUUGAAGCAGCAUGAUAUCUGUCUCUGAAUGGGAUUUUCUCUGUGAUUUUGAAGGUUCUAAGGGGUUGUUCUGAUUCCCCUUGGGUUUUUUGUUGGUGUUUUUUUAGAUCAUGCAGAAAAAUAUGCAUGUGUCAAAGAUUAGAUUAUGAUUCCUUGUAGGUUAAUUUUCCUUGACACCGGGUGUAACAAAAUGCCAUUUCACUUGAACUUGACACUGGUAAGUGACAGUGAUUUGAGUGGCUUCUGGCUGAGAAGAAGAACAUUAAGCUCAGAUGUGGCAGUGCUGGAGAGGUGUCCAGCCAGCGAGCUAAUAUGUCCCAGGCAGGCCCUUCUUCUCCUUGCCUUUCUUUGAAAGAAGCAACUUUCUCCUUCCCUGCCAGUACUUGUAAAGAAAAGUUGUAGGUAUUUCUUCUCUCACAACCUGAGCAGAUAAGCUUGGCAGCUGUGGGCAUAAAGCAGCCAGCCAGGCUCUGAGCAGUGUUCUAUGUCUCCUACUGUGCUUAGCAUUUAGGGCAGGUUGGAUCCUGGUGAGUCCCUUUUCCAUGCACAGGUGUUCUGCGACAGGUAUGUCAGUUCUGAGUUUCUGUGUGGGAGAUGGGCCCUUAGAAGCUAUUUCCUGUAGCUUCUAAGUUGUUGAAACCUACGUUUUAAUUAGUGUGACUCCAAAGUAAUAGAUUCUCCCAUGCUCAGGUCUCAGUUUCCUCGAAUGGAUUGGCACCGUGUUAGAAUAAGAGCUGUUCACAGAGGAGGAAUCUGUCAACAGAAAAAAGGGGGCGUUAGCAUUUCGUCAUGAUUUAGCAUGUAUGUUUGGAUAAGAAACCGCACAGAAUCCUAUAUAAACUACUUCCAGAGACUCAGCCUAUUACUCCACCCUGCUGGGAUGUUAUAAGCCCAGAAGAUGGAGAUUGAGACUGCAGACGAAGUUGCUAUUGUUGGAAUAGGAUGUAACUUUCCUGGAGGAGAUGGAAUUGACAGUUUCUGGAAAGUGCUGGAGGAAGGCAAAAACUGCACAGUGGAAAUCCCCCCUGAGAGAUUUAAUGCCAAAGAGUGGUAUGAUCCAGAUGAUAACAAGCCAGGAAAAAUAUGUACAACGCGAGCUGCUCUUCUCGAUGAAUUUAAUUCCUUUGACAACCACCUGUUUGGGAUUAAUAACAUGGAAGCUGAACGCAUGGAUCCUCAGCAGAAGUUACUGAUAGAAUGCACAUACAAAGCCCUGGAGGAUGCAGGAGUCCCUGUAGAAGCUGUCAGUGGCACCAAAACAGGUGUUUUUGUUGGACUUAUGAAUCGAGACUAUGAAAUCGUAACAAGCAGAGCAGUGAGUGCAAUAAAUCAUUAUGAUGGUACAGGAACAGCCAUGAGCAUUGCUGCUAACAGGGUGUCAUUCACAUUUAAUCUGACUGGACCGUCCCUGACUAUUGACACUGCCUGUUCAUCUUUUCUUUUUGCUCUGCACUACGCCUUGCGAGCCAUUAAAUCAGGAGACUGUGAGGCAGCAGUCUGUGGUGGGGUGAACUGUAUAAUGGAUCCCCGCACCUUUGUAUCUCUCAGUAAAGCAAAGAUGAUCUCUCCAGAUGGAAUAAGCAAACCCUUCUCCAAAAAAGCAGAUGGCUAUGGAAGGGGAGAAGGCUGCGGUGUUGUUUUCCUCAAACCACUGAAAAAGGCAAAGGAGGACUACAGCAAAAUCUGGGGUGUGAUAAACAUCAGUGCAGUAAAUCAGAACGGUAGGUCCACGACUCCGAUCACAAGACCGUCUCCAACAGAGCAAGAGAAGUUACUGCGCAGCAUUUACGGAAGUCGUGUCGAUCCCUCAGUUGUGCAGUACAUUGAAGCGCACGGUACAGGAACUGCUGCUGGAGAUCCUAUUGAGGCUGAAAGCUUAGGUAGUGUCAUUGGUAAAAACAGGUCUUCGCGAGCUUCCAUUCUGAAAAUUGGUUCAGUGAAAGGAAAUAUUGGGCACACCGAAUCAGCUGCCGGAGCAGCCGGGUUAAUCAAAGUGCUUCUGAUGAUGCAUCAUGGAAAGAUUGUUCCAUCCCUGUAUUACUCAAAGGAGAUGAGCAGCAUCGAUACAGAGAAACUAAACUUUGCUGUUGCCACAGCUGUAGAGCCCUGGGAAGAAUCCAGUGAGUAUGGAAGAGUAGCUGGCAUCAACUGCUUUGGGUUUGGAGGAACCAAUGCUCACAUUGUAGUCAGGCAGGUCAAGCAGCCGGAGCCUCUUCCUGCCUUUAAGAGGCCCCUUGAAUUAUUUCUGGUGUCAGCAGCAUCAAGUAAGUCCCUUCAGAUGACAAUGGCUGACACAGCUGAGCAGCUGAGCACAAGAAACUCUGUGACUCUCCCAAGCCUGGCCUAUACCUCUGCCUGCAGAAGAAGCCAUGCCAACUACAGGUACCGGAAAGCGUUUGUCACAAAUUCCCUCCAACACUUGCAGCAAGAGCUUAAGUCAGCCAGCACUGAACCUGCCAUGUCCAAGGUGGAACCACAGCUGGUGUUCGUGUUCUGUGGCAACGGCGUAACAUUGAAGGAGUUCAGCGAGGCUCUGCUGAGCUCAGAGCCAGUGUUCAGAGACAAGUGUAAGGAAAUAGAAGACCUUUUUUGGCAACACACUGCUGUCAGCGUCCUGCCAGCAAGGGAUCAUAGCCCACAGGAUUUGUUGAAUCCAGAGCUCUCCCAGCCCUUGCUUUUUACCCUGCAGGUUGCCGUAGCUUCCCUCCUGAAGUACUGGGGCAUUAAGCCUGUUGCUGUUGUUGGCCACUCGGUGGGGGAAGUUGCCGCUGCGCAUAUUGCUGGCUACCUUUCCCUGGCAGAUGCAGUCCAAGUGAUUUAUCACCGGAGCAGGCUGCAGGCAAAGACUGCCAGUGGCAGAAUGUUGGUGGUUGGAAACAUCCCCGUUCAAGAGAUUGUUGAACGUCUGCAUCCCUACUCGGGAAAGGUCUGCAUUGCUGCUUUCAACAGCCCAGUUUCCUGCACCUUGUCUGGGAAUGUAGACUCAGUGGAAACUGUCCAGAGAGAGUUAGCUCAAGCUUUCAGACAGAGAAACAUCUUCCUUCAUGUUUUAAAUGUCCCAGCUGCCUACCACAGCCCCAGCAUGGAUAUGAUACUUGAGGAGCUGGAGGAGAAGAUAGAGCCUUUAGGAAAGCAGAAGGGGGAAAUUGAAGUGAUUUCAACGCUGACAGGGGUGUCUGCAUCUGAAAAUGACUUUGCUCGUGGCAAAUUCUGGGCCCGGCAUACUCGUGAGCCUGUUGCUUUCAGUCAAGCCAUCCAAAGUGCAGCUAGAGACAGGGAAAACGUGGUGUUUGUGGAAAUAAGUCCUCACCGAGCAUUGCAGCGAAGCAUAAAGGAAACUCUAGGAAAAGGCACAAAGGUGUUCUCCUCUUUGGAAACUGAUGCAGAAUAUCAGACACUCCUCACCCUGGUAGGAAAUCUGUUUGAACUGGGAUAUAAUCCCAAGUGGCAGCACUUCUAUAAUGGGUAUCAAAGUGUUCCGGUGGCCAUUCCACGCUAUCAAUUUGAUCGCCAAAAACUCAUGGCUUAUCUGGAUUUCCGUCAACAAGCAAACCAAAGAGGUGUCAGCGCCAGUCAUCCUUUGAUUUAUGGCAUAAACAGUGACAACAUGGAGUUUGGCUGCCUGCUGUCUCAGGACACAACACCAUACUUGUACGAGCACAAGAACAAUGGGGUGGCCUUAGUCCCCGGUGCUUUUUAUGCAGAGCUUGGUCUGGCCUCUGUGAUGAGCAGCUCAAGGCCUAAAGUACCUCUGAGUACUUGCCAGUUGAGUAUUGUUUUUUCUGCACCCUGUGUUCUCACUCAGAGUUCCCAAGUGUUGAGUAUCAAGCUGAGUCUGCAAAAAGAUGUGACAGCCUUUGAGAUCCUCUCUUCCUCCAAUGCGGUUUAUGCUGCCGGCCAAGUGGCAAAGGGGCCUGAAGCUGUGGUGGAAGAAAGCACCAUCUCCUUCCAAGACAUCUAUCAAAGGUGCAGAUCAGUGAUUAGCAGAGAGGAGGUUUAUGAAGCACUGUCUCAGGUUGGCUUUCAGUAUGGCUCCAUAUUUAGGCAGCUCAGUGAUGUGCAUUAUUGCCAGGAACUAAAGGAAGCUAUAACAAGCAUAAAGGUGAACAAGGAGACCGUCAGAGAGAUGUACAGCUACUGUAUCCACCCAGUGCUGCUGGACUGUUUUCUGCAGAUGACUGCUGUCUUGACCUCAAGGACAUUCCAGUCCAGAGCAGGUUUUCCUUCAGGGAUAGGCAGCCUGGUGGUGCUCCGGCCGCUGGAGGAAGAAAUGAUGAUAUAUAUGAGAACAAGCAAGUCCACUGGGAACUGCCUAGAGGUCUGUGGAUGCUUUCUGGACAAACGUGGCUCUGUUUUGGCUGAGCUCAAGCGCGUUGCCAUCACUUUCAUGAAAGAAGCAUCUUCCAGAGACAACGAGUUCCUGUUUGAAAACAAAUGGAAGGAAGUCUCUCUUUCACAGACAAUUGGACAUCUGGGGGUUAAGCCCAGAGUCCUAGUGUUUGCAGACAAAUUUGGGAUAGCCGAGCAGCUCAAAAAGUACUUGCAUCCUGCUUCAAGAUAUGUUAUGUAUGAAGAUUGGGAAGCCCUCUUGGAAGGCUGCACAAUGAAUAAAAUGAGAGCAGAGGUUGAGGAUUAUGAUGAAAUUCUCUUCCUGUGGGGAAUUCAAAAGUUAAAUGAAGAUUUCCCAAGCAAAGUGGUAGAUCAGUUGGCAAAGUGUUGUGAAGCCUAUCGCCAAGUAGUGGUGGCAUUAAGAGAGAAAAUGCCCCGCUGUUCAGUCAGAGUGAUCACUUACAGAACAACAGAAAGAUACGUAGACCAUGUUAACUGUGGGUUUGUACUGUAUGGCAUGACCAGAACUUGCGUUGUUGAAGUUCCAGAAAUCACAUUUCAGUUGAUUGACCUCAGCUCUUGCAGUUCCCUGGACAUCUCAGUGCUAGCAGAUGUUCUUGUCAAAUGCAGAGGUGGGGAUUAUCCAGAAGUUUGCAUCAGCCAAGGAAGAAUUUAUGUGUCUGAAAUCAGACACACACCUUUUAUAGAUGCAGAUUACAUCCAACCUGUAAGAUCUCUCCAGAAGUCACAGACGUUCACUUUGUACACGUCUGAUCCGUACACGGCGAAAGACUUGUCUGGUGAACUAUCCACCAGCACUGCUACUCAGCUUGACAAACAGAGUGUUGAAAUUCAAGUGGAUAAAAUUUGUGUUCACUCAGAAGAUUAUUUUCCCAUUAGUGUUUCUAGUUGCAACUUUGGUAAUACACUGUAUUGGAACUCGCAAACAGGAGACAAACACAGACUUUUAGCUCUUGAUUUCAGUGGCACAGUAACAGCAACAGGAACUGAUGUGAAAAAAGUGAAAGUGGGAGAUCACGUGGUUUCAUGUUAUCCCACUGCUGCAUCAUCCAGGGUUCAGAUUCCAGGAAUAGUUUGUUUCAAUGUAAAGAAAUUCCCAUUCUUCCAGAAUGUCCCUUGUGUGUCCUACUUCAUCAUUGCCUGGGAAAUCUUCACUCAGAGAUUACCCAAGGGGAAACAUGGCAGAACAUUGGGGAUUAUUACUACAGAGCCAUUAUCGGUUUUGUGCCAUGUUCUUUGUGCAGCAGCAGAAGAGAUGGGUUGGAGAACAGUCCUUGCGAGGCCCACUCCUGAUAAGUUCCAGUAUAUAAAGUCAUGCAAUGCCCUUGUUGUUCUUCCUCCUGUCAACAGACUGUCUUGGGAGGAUCUGGCCCACAUGUACUUUCUUAAAGAUGUGGUGAUCGUGUGUGGCAAUCGACAGUCUGAAUGUAUGCAGAAUGUCAGUGAAAUUGGUCAUGAAAACAUCAGCUUCCACAUCCUUACCCUUGCCAGCGUUUUCCAGAAAGCACCUCUAAAGGAAUUGCAGAAGACUGUACAUGUCUGGGUCAGUUCCAUGGAUAUGAAACAGUUUAGACGUCUCUCAGGUUCUGUUUUUCAGCAGACGGAGAACUUUGAAAGGCUAAACUCUGUGAUGUCCUAUUUCACGUGCACUUCUGUCCCCCUUGCUGUACUGAGAAGGCAGAAGGACAUCAGCAUGCUAUCAGACAUACCGUUGUACGAACCCCAGAAGCAGCUGUUUAAGCAGAAUGCUGUUUAUGUAGUAGUGGGAGGGCUCACUGGACUCGGCUUUGAAACGGUGAAAUUCAUAGCCGAGAAUGGAGGAGGGUGUAUUGCAAUACUCUCCAGGAGAAUUCUGAGCAAUGAGAAGCAAGAAGAGAUGAAGGCUUUGCAGCAGCAGUACAAAGGGAGCAAAGUAGUGUUUGUGCAGUGUGACGUGACUUUGACCGGUGAUGUUGAGAAAGCUUUCAAGUCCAUUGCAAACACCUUUGUGGGGAGUCCGAUCAAAGGUGUAUUUCAAGGUGCUGUCGCUUUACACGAUGGCCACCUUGAAGUUCUGACCUUGGCUGACUUUCAGAAAGUGCUGAGUCCAAAAGUAGCAGGGACUCUAAAUCUUCAUUGGGCUACCAGAGGCCAGGAGCUUGACUACUUUGUGUGCUACUCCUCUGUUGCUUCCUUUCUGGGCAAUGCCACCCAGACAAACUAUGCAGCUGCAAACUCUUUCCUGGAUCUCUUCUGCCUCUACAGGAGGAACCGUGGGCUUUCAGGCCAAUCCAUUAACUGGGGUGCUUUGAACCUUGGCAUUCUGCUCAAUCAAAACCACAUCCAGAGCAUUCUGAGAUCCAAGGGCAUAGACAUUCUGCAAGUGCAUGAAAUUCAUGAGUAUCUCAGGAAAAGCUUACUUACGAAUAACCCACAGCAAGCUGUUGUCAAAUUGAACUUUCAAACUUUAUAUCAUCAUGUUUUUACUCAGAUAAGUUCACUCAAAACUCGCUUCAUAUCACUUAUGUCAGAACAUUUCAGUAACAAGCUUGAAACCCCUGAGGAGACUCAAGUCCCAGAUACUGCCUUUCUCAAAUCGGAAGACUACAUCACCUCCCUGGUGAGUGACCUCACUGGACUGAACCCCGAGGAACUAACCAUGAAUACACCACUUUCAUCUUUGGGCAUAGACUCUAUGUUAGCUAUGACAAUUCAGAACCGUGUGUUUCAAGAGAGAAAGGUGGACAUACCUCUUCUGAAGCUGCUUGAUCCUCACACAACUCUAUCAAGUUUAGUGGUAGUUUUAGAAGAAACAAGCAAUGCAAAUGGAGUAGUUGAGAAGAAGAACGGUGCGAUCGAAAGUGUAGAAAAUGAGAGCCGGCUGUAGGAAUCUUGUCCUCCAGGAAUUGUGUAACUUUGAAGAUACCCAGACCUUUGUAGCAUCUCAGAAUAUGUCGUUGCAGAUGGGGUAGAACAUCUGGUGAUGCUGAAUGUACUCUUCUGCAAUGACCCGCAAGACCCCACACCAGGUUCUUCUGUCUUUGCAUUAGCUGUAUUAAUCUCAGUCAAUAGUUUUACUUGUUAGUGUUUGCACCUCUAAAUUAUGAAUAUACAUGUAAAGCAGCAUGACUAUUUUUGUAAUUAUUAUAGUCUUUUUGUAUUUUUCCUUUUUAAAAAUAUUUUCAAGUUAAUUUCAUUAUCAAAUUAAUUUCAUUGUGAAUUUUGUGUCAAUAGUGGUAUCUUUUUGAAAGUCUUUUAGAUAUUGGGAAUUUCAAGAUUUCUUCUCAAAUAAUAAAGCUUGAUAUUUUUCCUUAUGUUUGUAAAAA